AUGGAGAUCUCUCGUUUCGAAGAUCCGAAUGCUUCUGGAUGCACAGUGUAUGUGACGGAUGGGGAUAUUCCUCAAAAUCUAGUUGCUGCUUUGAAUAGGAUUUCAGAAAGUGGCAUCUCCAUCACAUCUCGCGAUGUUAGCAAAUUUCUCAAUGACGCUCUUAAACGUUAUUAUUCAACAGAAUUAUGGCCUGUGGCGCCAGAGGUGGCUCAAAAGAAGAAUGAAGCAGUGAAAACUGAAAUAUCUGAAUUGUCGGAUAAAGAUGGCAAGAAGACGUUGACCAAGGAUAUUGACAAAAAGUGCUGUUUCAUUUGUGAAAUGGUAAAAUAUGAACUGAGCAAGAACGAUUUGGUCGGUGAACGCAUGUCGAAAUGUACCUCGACAGGUGGGUCGCAUCAGAUAGAGAGCUGUGGAAUUUGUGGCAAGAAACUGACGAAGAUGGAUGGAAAAUAUGCGUCACGAGCGAUGAAUCAAAAUGUGGUCCUCUUAAUGUCCCUUUCAUUAGCUGGACAUAUGCACAGCAAAUGCGCACGUAUCUUGACGGCGUUUUUUGAGAAGAGGCCACCAAAAAUAUGUCAUAUCCACAUGAUACAAGCG